AUGUUCCUCCUCCGCGCCACCGCCACCUCCACCUCCACCGCCGCCUCCGCCGCCGCCGCCUCGCUCCUCCUCCGAUGCCACCACCCGCUCUCCCCGCCGCCUAGAACCCUAGCCCUCGCCCUCCCCGCUCGCCCUCCCCCCGCCCUCCUCCUCCCCUCCCGCUUCCGCCUCUCCUCCUCCGCGUCCUCCUCCUCCCGACGCCGCGCGACCGGUGCCGCAUCCGCAUCCGCGGGCGCGGGCGCGGGGAAGGGGAAGGGGAAGGGGGGCAAGUCCAGCGGGGGGAAGGCGGCGGCCGCGGCGGCGGCGGGAGGAGCGGCCAUGUCGGCCUCGGCGGGUGGGGGUGGAGGUGGGGGAGGGAAGCGGACGGUGGCGGAUGUGCUGAUGGGGAACGCGCGGGACGCGGCGAGGAAGGCGAAGAAGGGGGCGGCGCCGUCGCCGAAGAAGCUGAAGACGCAGCCCCAGCCCGCCGCGGAGGCGGAUGGCGGCGCGGUGGCGAAGCCGGAGGAGAAGCCGCAUUCGCCGGUGAAGCCCAAGCGGUCGUCCUCGCCGACUAAGUCCAACUCGCCAGGUGAGGGGAAGAGGUCCGAAUCGGUGGCUGCUGGCGCGAAACCGGAGGCGAAGGAGAAGCCCUCGCCGAAGAAGCCUAAAACCCUAGGUGCCAAAUCCGACACCAAGUCCUCCGCGGAAGGCGUUGAGAAGGAGAAGAGGAGGUCACCAUCUCCGACGAAGGCAAAAGCGCUAGCUUCUGAAUCCCAGGACAUAAAGAAGCCCUCCUCACCUAAGAAGACCAAAGCCUUGGAUGCCCCCAAGUCUGAGGAAAAGGACACCACCCUCGAGCUCAAGAAGAAGGGCAGUGAAUUCAAUCCCAUGGCUGCUGCUUAUUGGAGCCCCGAGGAGCCCGUGCCGUUCCUGUUCCUCGCUCGGGCACUUGACCUCAUCUCUAAUGAGUCUGGAAGGAUUGUUAUCACGGAGAUCCUAUCGAAUGUAUUCCGCACGGUGAUUGCCACAACACCAGAGGAUCUCCUCGCGACAGUAUACCUCUCAGCCAACCGGAUUGCGCCGCCUCAUGAAGGGACUGAACUUGGAAUUGGGGAUGCAUCAAUUAUCCGUGCACUUGCGGAGGCAUACGGCCGCAGAGAGGAGCAUGUCAAGAAGAACCUAAAGGAGUUGGGCGAUUUGGGGCUUGUUGCAAAAGCAAGCAGGUUGUCACAGAAGAUGAUGUACAAACCGAAACCACUGACGAUCUCACAUGUACUUGCAAAAUUCCGGACAAUUGCAAAGGAAUCAGGCAAAGAUAGUCAAGAUAAGAAAAGAAAUCAUAUCAAAGGACUUCUCGUUGCCGCAACUGACUGUGAACCUCAAUACAUUACACGACUACUUCAGUCGAAGAUGAGGAUUGGGUUAGCAGAAAAAACCGUCCAGAUGGCUCUUGGGCAAGCUGCUGUGUAUUCUGAAAAACAUUCUCCACCGUCAAAAAUCCAAUCCCCUUUUGAAGAGGCUGCAAAAAUAAUUAAACAAGUAUAUUCAGUUCUUCCAAUAUACGAUAAAAUUGUCCCAGCUAUUCUAGAAGUUGGUGUUUGGAAACUUCCAGAGAUAUGCAGUUUUUCUAUUGGUGUUCCUGUUGGUCCUAUGUUGGCAAAAGCAACAAAGUCUGUCUCAGAGAUCAUAGACAAAUUUCAGGGUCUUGAGUACACUUGUGAGUACAAGUAUGAUGGUGAACGGGCUCAGAUACAUUGCCUGGAAGAUGGAUCAGUAGAGAUCUAUAGUCGUAAUGCUGAGAGGAACACUGGGAAGUAUCCUGAUGUUGUUGAUGCGGUUUCUAGAUUCCGGAAGCCUACAGUCAAAUCAUUUGUCUUGGACUGUGAAAUUGUUGCUUAUGACCGUGAAAAGAAGAAAAUAUUACCUUUUCAGAUACUUAGCACACGGGCCCGCAAGGGUGUUACCAUAAGUGAUAUCAAAGUGUCAGUCUGUACUUUUGGCUUUGAUAUUCUUUACAUCAAUGGCAAGCCUCUUCUCCAGGAACAACUGAAAGUUCGACGAGAGCAUCUUUACAACUCCUUUGAGGAAGUACCAGGUGUUUUUCAAUUGGCAACUUCAAUUACAUCAAAUGACCUCGAGGAGAUACAAAAAUUUCUUGACACAGCUGUCAACUCCAGUUGUGAAGGGUUGAUUAUCAAGACAUUGGAUAAGGAUGCUACAUAUGAGCCAGCAAAACGAUCGAACAAUUGGUUGAAAUUGAAGAAAGACUACAUGGACAGCAUUGGAGACUCUUUGGAUUUGGUGCCAAUUGCUGCCUUUCAUGGGAGAGGAAAACGUACAGGUGUAUAUGGAUCAUUCCUCCUGGCAUGUUACGAUGAGCAGAACGAAGAAUACCAAACAAUCUGCAACAUAGGCACUGGAUUUUCUGAGCAACAGCUUGAGGAGCGUUCUGUGAGCCUUCGAACUAAAGCAAUACCAAAACCAAAGGCAUACUAUAGGUUUGCUGACACAAUGGACCCAGAUGUGUGGUUUGAGCCUUCAGAGGUUUGGGAGGUGAAAGCUGCUGAUUUGAGCAUUAGUCCUGUGCAUCGUGCUGCCAAUGGUAUAGUUGAUCCGAACAAGGGCAUCUCCCUAAGAUUUCCUCGCUUGUUACGUGUUCGUGAUGAUAAAAAUCCAGAACAGGCAACCACAUCUGAGCAAGUUGCUGAUAUGUACCGUGCACAAAAGAUAUACCAUGCGAACAACAAUAACGAUGAUGAGGAUGAUGACUAGACUAUGAGGCCACUAACAAGAGUUCAUGUCCAGGAUUUCGUUUCGUCUUGGCCUCGACGUUCUGAUUGGUUGACAUGUAGCGUUUUAGGUGCGAGAUUCGUAAUGUGAUUCUUUUUUUUUCACACGCUAAAUCCAAACUGGUGGUGCGGUGUUGCACAGUAGGGAAUUGAAGAGCAUGGCCGCGUCGCUCGUGUGGCGCUAAUACAAACCUUCCUGUUAACCUGAGAUGUACAUACAUGAUAACAUGAGUGACCCUUCGAUUGGCAAGGGCACUGUUUGAUUUUUAUCUAGACAUGCACUGUUUGAUUUUUUUUAAAAAAAAUCCAUCGUUCACUGAUGUUCUAAACA